AGUGCGCAGGCGCGAGCCGAGCUACGCCGGCGGCGGUUGAAGCGGCGGGACGCGUUGCUGACCAUGACCCAGCAGGGCGCGGCGCUGCAGAACUACAACAACGAGCUAGUCAAGUGCAUCGAGGAGCUGUGUCAGAAGCGAGAGGAGCUGUGCCGGCAGAUCCAGCAGGAGGAGGACGAGAAGCAGCGGCUGCAGAACGAGGUGAGGCAGCUGACGGAGAAGCUGGCCCGCGUCAACGAGAACCUGGCGCGCAAGAUCGCCUCUCGCAACGAGUUUGACCGGACCAUCGCGGAGACGGAGGCCGCCUACCUCAAGAUUUUGGAAAGCUCACAGACUCUGCUCAGUGUCCUGAAGAGGGAAGCCGGGAACCUAACCAAGGCCACAGCCUCAGACCAGAAGAGCAGCGGAGGCAAGGACAGCUGAUGGGCUGGGUGGGUAGGGGCCUGUCUCAGAUGUGCCCCAUGACCACUCAGCCCUCAGCACAUCUAUCUUAAAGCAUCCUCUUCAUGGCAGCAACUGUCUUCUCACUGUUUCAGGUGCCCAGAGGGGCUGUUGUCAACCUCUACCAGCCUAGGGUGAUAAGAAAAACCCUAGGCACAGCCCACAGGGGUGGGAAAGGUUCUACCUCUGGCUCAUCCAGGCAAUGAGGAUGUUGGGCUCCAGGUCAGCUCUGCAAGGGGCCUCUCUUUUGAGGCCCCCAUGUUCUCUUGGGCUGCCAGAAAGAUCCUGGUUCUAAUUUCAGCACUGUGGAAGCCCCUUACUUUGUCCCACCUCAGUCAUCAGGGUCCAGGCGAGACAAGUGGGGAAAGGGGCCUCACUCACCCCAGAACCCAGGUUGUCAAUAAAGGUUGUUUUUGUACAGAUC